ACAAUCCAGGAGAACCAAAUCUACAGAGCGCACAGAAACGUCACAAUGAAUCUGAUCUUUUCUCUGAUUUCCAUCUGGGCGCUCAUCAGCACAGCUGGAGCACUGCAGUGUUUAAGCUGCACAGAUCAGUCAUGUUCAGCGACAGCACCAAUUACUUGUAGCACAGAGACUAUGUGUAUAACAGCUUCCAUUCAAGCCACUUCAUCUGGAACUACAGGAACACAAAUCUUUAAAGCCUGUGCAUCAUCAGCUCUGUGUCCAAGCACAGGCAGUCAGACUUUUUCUGCCAACUUGGGAGUGUCAAGUGCAAUUGCGUCUGCUCAGUGCUGCAACACCGACAGCUGCAACUCACAAACACUACCUUUCCCCAGCCCUCAGGCAGCUAACAGCCUGCAGUGUCAUUACUGUAACCCUCUCACUGCUCAGUGCACUUCUACAGUACAGUGUUCAGGAUCUGAGAACAGCUGCAUCUCAGCAACAAUGAAAAGUGGAUCCACAACAUCUCCAGCACUCGGCUGUGUGACUCAAAAUACUUGUUUAGUUGCUCCAAGUCUGGGCACUUUACCGUUCAUGCAAAAUGUUGGUAGCAUCGUCAGUGGACCGACCUGCUGUUCAAGCAGUUUGUGUAACGUUCCACUGACUACAACAGCAGCACCAACCACCACUACAACCACCCCAACCACCACUACAACCACCCCAACCACCACUACAACCACCCCUACGACCACUACAACAACACCUACCACCACUACAACAACAACUACCACCACUACAACAACACCUACCACCACUACAACAACACCUACCACCACUACAACCACCCCAACCACCACUACAACCACCCCUACCACCACUACAACAACACCUACCACCACUACAACAACACCUACCACCACUACAACAACUCCAACAACCACCACAACUAUCACACCCACCACUACAACCACCACUAUACUCUCACCCACCAUUACAACCACUAAAACAACUGCAGCAACCACUAAUACCAGCAGCAAUGCAUCCAGUGUCAGUCUGGGUCUCCUCCAUCUGCUGCUUGGACUCAGCACCAACCACCACUACAACAACACCUACAACCACCACAACAACGCCAACGAACACUGCAACCACCCCAACCACCACUACAACAAUGCCUACCACUACAACCACCAUGGCAACCACCACAACAACCACCAUAGCUACCUGGCUGCCACAGCCAGGGAGCUCAACCUUUACUUCUAA